CCUAUCUCGACCGUGACUGCCUGACGGCAGUCAGGAAACCAAACGCGGAGCCGACGCUUGCCAAGUUUCGGAGGCUGCCGGAGGAGCAGCUCCCGUUGGGCUCCCGGCUCUGCUCAGCACAUCCCGCCGCGGACAUCUGGAAAGAAGGAAGACUGCAGCUGGACACAGCUGGAUGCAGCGCCCCAGGGAGGCAUCGGCUGGGGUGACGCGCUGCGCUCCCCGAGGCAGCUCUCCCUCUGCAAAGGGAUUUCCGUGUGGGUGGAUCCAGCGCACCGGACCUGCCGUGGCUUGUGCUGAGCCCCAGACAGUCCCGGGCACCAAGAGGAACCGACGUCCUCGGUGCAGCCAUCACCUCCCCGGGACUGUGAGACCCUCGCUGGGCUCCUUUGGGGCUCCCUUGCCCCGAGGUUUUGGAGCAGCACGGAGCUGACAGGCCACCUCGGAGGAGUGCUGCAGCCAAGCCCUCAGGAUGGGCAUCUGCCAACUGCCCUUGGACAUCUCCCAAGCUCCACGCCGAGCCCCACGGGAGCCCUCCAGCUCCCUGGCGUGGCCCUCAGGCUUUAGGGAGGGCAUUCCCAGCCAAGCCACACCGGGAGAGGAUCCAAGCCCUCAAGCCGCACUUCCAAAGUGGGAAGGAGCACCUUGCUCUUCCCCAGGGCUGGGAAAUCAGAGCUCAGCGUCGAGCCCACGUGGGCUGGAGUCGGCCCGGCUGUGCAAGGGUUAAAGCCGGCUGUUCGUCCGGGUCUCGGGGGCCUCCCACUCGCCACCGCAGAGUAUGAAUAGCUGCGCUCCCCUCUGCUCGCAGCCACUCGCUUCCCUCCCUGCCUUCCCACUCUGACUCGGCGUUCUCCCCGGCAUCCUCCUCCCCCGGCGUCUUCCUCUGGCAGUGCCGGCUCCAGAGCCCCGGCAUCCUCCGGCAGCGCCGAUGCUGAGCACGGAAAGUUUCGCAGGGGCGAGAGCCCUGGGAGAGGAGUCUCUGCAGAUGUGGGACCUCAACAAGCGGCUGGAGGCGUACCUGGCCCGCGUGAAGUUCCUGGAGGAGGAGAACGAGGUGCUGCGAGCUGAAAUCCAGAGCACCAAGAGCAGCCCGGCCGGGGACUCGUGGCGGGUGAAGUACGAGGAGGAGCUGCGAGCCCUGCGGGAUGCACUGGAUCACGCCUUCAGGGAGAAGUGCACGGCCGAGCUGGCCAGGGACAAUCUGUACGAGGAGGUCCAGCAGGUGAAAAGCAGGCGCCAGAAGGAGCAGGCAGCCCGAGAAGAAGCUAAGAAGCAGCUGUCCUUGAGCAGGAAGGAGCUGGAGGAGGAGAGGAGAGCACAGAUCUGGCUGAAGGAGAGAGCCGUGCAGCUGGAGAAGGAGGUGGAAGCCUUGCUGGAGGUGCACGAGGAGGAGAAAGCGGGGCUGGACCAGGAGAUUGCAAGUUUCUCCCACAGCCUGGAGAGCUUCCGCUGUGCACCGGUGGCUUUCCAGCCAGUGGAGGUCGAGGACUACUCCAAGAGGCUCUCGGAGAUCUGGAAAGGGGCGGUGGAGACCUACAAGACAGAGGUGUCGCAGCUGGAGGGUUCCCUCUGCCAGGCCAAGGAGAACCUGUGGAAGGCAGUGGAGGACAACCAGCAGAGCCAGCUGCAGCUGCAGCACCUGGAGAAGGACCUGGCAGGUCUCAAAGCACGGAAGGAGAUGCUGGAGGAAAGCCUGGCCCAGCAGUGGCAGGAGCAGCGUGGGGAGGCAGAAAAGUUCCAGCUGGCGAUGGAGGCCCUGGAGCAGGAGCAGCAGAGCCUGCGGGCGCAGAUCGCCCGGGUGCUGGAGGACAGGCAGCAGCUCAUGCAUCUCAAGAUGUCCCUCAGCCUGGAAGUGGCGACCUACAGGACGCUGCUGGAAGCGGAGAGCACCCGCCUGCAGAUGCCAGCCGGGGAAUUCAGGUUGGCCAAUGGUGUGCGAGAUCUCAAACUGGAGGUGAGCAGCAGCAGCAGCAAACUGGUACCAGCGAGCCCUGAGACCAGGCGGCUGCUGCCCCGAGACCACUGCGCCAGCCCCUCCAUCUUCCCCAGGGCAGAGGGCAGGGGGCAGCUAGCAAAGCCCCAGAGUGACACCCUGGCACCCAAAAGCCAGAGCCCCCGUGCCAGGGAGCUCCAAAAAUUCAGCUCGGUCCUCCAUGCCACGGCACUGCCAGCUGCCGGCAGGGCUGGGGGACCGGGAGCCCCUGUCCACCCCACACCCAGCCCCUCGCAGGCAGGCAGAGCUGCCCCUCCUCUCUCCCCGGAGCCCCCCAGUCCCUCGCCACCGGAGCCGGGGAGCUCUGGGGGAGAGGGUCCUGCCUGGCCGGGGGGAGACGGGGCAGUGCUGAGCCAAGGGACGGAGUGUCCUCUGUCCAGAGCUAUGGGGGACACUCCCGAUGCCAGUGAGCAGCCCCUGGGAGCAGCGCCCGCCCGCAGACUGCAGUACCCGGCCCAGCUGGUCAGCGAGGCGCUGGAGGACGCGCUCAAGGCAAUGGAAGAUGAUGCUCAGCCCAAAGAAGAGCCCACGCUCAGCACCGUGGGGGCCCCCCAGGAUGCCCGUGUCCCCAGCCCCGUUUUCUCCACAGAGGCUUGUGGAGGGGCUGUGUCAGAGGGGCCUGGGGAAGAGCAAGACCCCUCUGAGGGAUCUGAGCAUGGGGACAGCCCUGAAGCAGACGAGAGGGUUGGGGAAGUCGUGCUCCAGGGGCUGGGUAUGGAGAGCAGCAUCCUGCAGGACAGAGCCAUGUCCCCAUCGGGCAUGGCCGCUUCCUUGAGUGCCUCAGGGAGCCGGGAAGAUUUGGGAGCGUGGGUGGAAGAGGAGGAGGAGGAAGUACCUGCUGUGCUGAGCCCGAGGGAUUCAGAAGUGGAGGCCCAGGAAGGGGACAGGGGUCUCCCUGGACAGACAGUGACCAGCUGGGAAAAGCCAGAGCAAGAGGAGGACAGGGCAGAGACCCCAAGCACAGAGCCAUCACACCCCUCAGAGGAGGAGGAGGAGGAGAGGGGACUCCACAGCCCCUGCGAGGAGAAUGGAGAUUUCCAGGAAGAAGGAAAAGAUGUGCAAGAAGAGGAGUGUCUGCACAGAGAAUCUGCUCAUGCUGUCCUUGCAGAAAGCCACCUGGCUUUGCCCACAAAAGGUCACCUGGAAGAGGACUUUGUUGAUGCAGAGCAGGAAAGGUCUGAGCAGCAGAAAAUGCCCGUGUGUGAGAUGGAUCUGGCUGCAGAGGAGGAAAGGGGACAGGAGCUGUGCCUAGAGCAGGAGCCCUCAAGUGUCCAUGAGGCCAUCCCAGCAGAGGAGGCUUCGUUAGGAGCUGAAGAAGAUUCUGUGGGAGGGGAGGACACAGGCAGAGUGAAAGAUGGCGAGGGAGAAAAGGGAGAGGCCAGCAGGGAGAUGCUGGGAGGAGAGGACCAUGGGGUAGGACAGGACCCCAGGGCAGGAGAGGACUCCGAGCCAGAAGAAGACCAUGGGGCAGGAGAAGGCUCUGAGGCAGGAGAGGACUCCAGGGCAGGAGAGGAUCCUGGGGCAGGAGAAGGCUCUGAGGCAGGAGAGGGCUCCGAGACAGGAGAGGAUCCCGGGGCAGGAGAAGGCUCUGAGGCAGGAGAGGGCUCCAAGGCAGGAGAGGAUCCUGGGGCAGGAGAGGAUCCCGGGGCAGGAGAGGAUCCCGGGGCAGGAGAGGCUGUGGCAGGUGACACCCUGGAGUGGGAGAGCAGAGCCCCAGAGGAGCCUGAGGACCUGCAGGAAAGCGGCUCUGUGGAAGCAGGGGGGGAACAGGAGGAGCUGAAGCCAGGAGAGGAGCCCUGGGCUGGGGGGGAUGAUGGCAGUGGCCAAGAGCCCUGUCCAGAGGACUGGGAGGUGACAGCAGAGGACACAGAGGGAGUUUUGGGGACAGAAGAGCCAGCCUGGACAGAUGACACCCCGAGCAGUGCAGGAAGGCUGAAAAGUGAGGAGAGAGAUGGCACAUCGCCAGCAGAGCUGGAGGAAGCCCAGGAAGAUGAAGAAGAAGAUGCCAAGAGCCAGGAGAUGAGCCAGCAGCAGCCACUGCCAGAGGCUGAGCUGGCACCAGAGCUGGCGAGGCAGGAGCAGGAGGGCACCGUGGCAGAGCCUGACCCAGCCCCUCCAGGUGCCCCUGAGCAAGGGCACAGCCAGGAGCUGGCCGAGGCUCCAGAGGAGCCAUGGGAGGUGCAGGAUGAGGAUGCUGAUGCCGAGCUCAGCUCAGAGCUGGGGAAGCCGGCGAGCUCAGAGCUCGUGGCACUGGAGCAGGUGCCAGGUGACAGCGUGGAGAGUGGCGAGUGGGCACUGGAGGAGGCCCCUGGAGACCCAGAGCCCACACCGGGCACCGGCAGGAGGGUGGAGCUGGAGGACACGCUGCCGGACAGCACACCCUUGCACCUCUACGAAGGGGAGAUGCUGGCGGUGGGUGCACCCAGCCCAAACCUGCCAGAGACUGAGGAGACCACAGAGACAGCGCCUGCGUCUGACCCAGCUCAUGAGGGUGAAGGGUGGCUGGAAGGGAGGGACAAGCCACCAACUCCCACCAUGCCAGAGAGCCCUGAAGAGGAGGCAGGGGCAGAGGUGGCUGCUGUGGCAGAGGGUGCUGAGGAGGAGGAAGGUUAUUUCAUGGUCUCUGCUCCCAACCAAGAGGCGUCCAGCUCAGAGGAAGCCGAGAUAUCCGAGGACUUUGAAGAAAUUAAAGUUGAAGCAACUGAAGGCAGCCAAGAUGAUCUGGGGGCUCCUGGAGAAGCAUCUCCAGUGCCAGAGGGCAAAGAGCACCUCAAGGCGCUUGUUGGGGAAGCAGAUGACGAUACAGAGAUGCCCACUGAAGAAGCCGAGAUGCCAAAGGAUGAGGACAACACUGCUGAGCUGGAGGAAGGCCCAGCUGAACCUGAAGCAGAUUCCAGCUGUCUCAGGGCCGUGGGAUCAUCAGCAGGAGGUACUGACAAGCCAGCCCAGGGUGCCACAGGCACCGGAGCAUGGGAGGGACCGGAGCAUUCGGAAGGUUUGGCCGCUGAAUCGGAUGAGGAGCUCCAUGACACAGCUGAGCUGGAGAGGGAUGCCAGUGGAGCAACAACCCUCCCAGGCUGCAGCCUGGGGUUGGCAGGGCAGGAGGAGGAGGGGGCAGAUGAGGAUGAGCCCAGCACGGCUCUCCAUGACACGGCCAAGGCCGCCCCUCCAGCAGGGUUCCAGGCCCAGGCGGUGCCUGACGAAGCAGAGCAGCUGUUGGAAGAGCAGCCAUCCGCGGAGGAGGAAGCACUCGACAGUGACAGCCCUCCUUCACCCAGGAACGAGCAGCACCCCGAGGCCAGCCCACCUCCACUGGGCUCUGCGCUGGAGCAGGGGGGUUUUCCAGAGGUGAUUCCCGAUAUCCCUGACACAGCUGUUCUCUCUGCAGAGGUGCCGGUGGAUAUCAUGAAAGACUCGGAUAUUUUGGAAAUAGUUGAGCAGGCCCUGGAAUUCAACCAGGAGCUGAUGGGGGUGAGGGUGGCAGAGGGUGGGCAGCAGGAUCCUGGAAGGACCGAGCUCCCCCAGGAUGCAGGGGAAGACUCCUCGCCCGCCUCAUCCAGCGAGGAAGAGCCGACGGUGCAGGAGGCACCAGCAGAUGUGGUCCCAGAGAUGGAGGGCCUGGCCCAGGCCCAGAACGGGCUGCACCGGGAGGCCAGUCUGGAAGACCUGGCUGAAUUCACCGAGGAGGUGCUGAACGGCAUCGCCAGCACAGCACCAGCACAGGAGCUCCCCACAGAGACCGCAGACCCCUCGGCGGUGGUGCCACCGCAGCCCCCCAGCCCUGGAGAUGGCACCGCCACCAAGCUGGGGGAUGCCACCCUCAGGGGAAAGCUUGGUGGAGCUGACCCCAGCCCUGUGCCCCCCGCUCUGGGGGAGGACGUCCUGUGCCUCGUGCCCGACCAGCCACCAGCGUGCCGGCUCAGAGCCGAGCAGGAGCCCUGGUCCUCAGGGGACGAGUGACAGCAGUCGGGGGGAGCCCUCUGGUAGCCCCCUUCCUGCCAAAACCCAGAACCCCCACUUGUCCCACCCGCCCUCCUAACGCUUCCCUGUCUCCUUGUGGUUUUUAACAUGUUUGUGUGGAUUUUUUGCACCCCUUUUCAGAGUGAAGAACCACCAAGUUCCGUUCCACCCCUCAGCCCACCCAAACUCGCAUGCUUGCUCUGGGACCCCUGCUUCAUUUUGAGCCUCCUCUGGGUGGGUUGCCGUGGCUGUAUUUAAUUUAAACUCUGUGUUUCCCCCUUCCCUGCAAUCUUCUCCUCUCAACUCCCCCAGUAUUUUCCCCAGGAAGCCCAGCUGGAGGCUAGGGACCCCCCCAAACUGCACCCCGGGACUCAGAGCCUUGGGGCUCCAUUACCCCAGGGUCCCCAACACGCUGACACUGGGGGCUGAGCCACGCUGGAUGUACCCACUGCCUCGACAUUAAUUUAAUAAAGCCUCAUCCUCCCA